UCGGCCUGCCUCCGCCCCUCCCCCGGGUCCAUCUCCGGCCUCCGGCGCGUCAGGACCCGCUGUGCCAUGCCCGCAGUUUAGGAUCCAAAGCUUCUCUCCUUGUUUUGUUUUUUCCUUGUCUUUUUUUAAAAAAGAGCGGGGAAAUCCCGGCAGUGGGCAGCCCGGCACGCACACCCCCAUCCUCACACAGCCAACAAAAGCAGAUGCACUUUGACUUCUGACAGCUCUACCUCAAGCCGGAGAACUCAGAGGCGCUUUCCCUGCAAUCCGAGCUCGCCGUGCCGGCUUCUCGCUUCUCGGCUUAUUUAUUUAUUUCCGUUCCCGCCUCUGUUCUCGUUGACCUUCACUCCUCCGCCGGCUCUGGGAAAAAGGGUCGCUUUCUUGCCCGCUUGAGACUCCUUUUCAUCGCUCCGGGAGCUGCGGAGGCGCUGUUCAGCCCCGGGGCCCUGGGACUCAGGGGCUGCGCGCUCCACCAAGGCGCUCCCCUCCCCCAUCAGCCUCGUUGCCCCUCUUUUGAUUCCCUGGUGCGGGUUUUGGCUUGCACGGCCGAGUGUGUCUCCUUUCUAUUGGCGGCCUGGGGGAGUUCGUGCAGGUCGUCUUCGGAAGUCAGCCCCUCAGCUCUACCUGCCCCUCUCCUUCCGGGUUCCCUACCAAACCAAAGACCAUGGUGCACUGUGCCGGUUGCAAAAGGCCCAUCCUGGACCGCUUCCUCUUGAACGUGCUGGACAGGGCCUGGCACGUCAAGUGCGUCCAGUGCUGUGAAUGUAAAUGCAACCUGACCGAGAAGUGCUUCUCCCGGGAAGGCAAGCUCUACUGCAAGAACGACUUUUUCCGGUGUUUCGGUACCAAAUGCGCCGGCUGCGCUCAGGGCAUCUCCCCCAGCGACCUGGUGCGGAGGGCGCGGAGCAAAGUGUUUCACCUGAACUGCUUCACCUGCAUGAUGUGUAACAAGCAACUCUCCACCGGCGAGGAGCUAUACAUCAUCGACGAGAACAAGUUCGUCUGCAAAGAGGAUUACCUAAGCAACAGCAGUGUCGCCAAAGAGAACAGCCUCCACUCGGCCACCACAGGCAGCGACCCCAGUUUGUCACCGGACUCCCAAGAUCCGUCGCAGGACGACGCCAAGGACUCGGAGAGCGCCAACGUGUCGGACAAGGAAGGGGGCAGCAAUGAGAAUGACGACCAGAAUCUAGGUGCUAAGCGGCGGGGGCCGCGCACCACGAUUAAAGCCAAGCAGUUGGAGACGCUGAAGGCCGCCUUCGCCGCCACGCCCAAGCCCACGCGCCACAUCCGCGAGCAGCUGGCCCAAGAGACCGGCCUCAACAUGCGCGUCAUCCAGGUGUGGUUCCAGAACCGGCGCUCCAAGGAACGGAGGAUGAAGCAGUUGAGCGCGCUGGGCGCCCGGCGCCACGCCUUCUUCCGCAGUCCGCGCCGGAUGCGGCCGCUCGUGGACCGCCUGGAGCCGGGCGAGCUCAUCCCCAACGGGCCCUUCUCCUUCUACGGAGAUUACCAGAGCGAGUACUACGGCCCCGGGGGCAACUACGACUUCUUCCCGCAAGGCGCCCCGUCCUCGCAGGCCCAGACGCCGGUAGACCUGCCCUUCGUGCCGUCAUCCGGGCCGUCCGGGACGCCUCUGGGCGGCCUGGAGCACCCGCUGCCCGGCCACCACCCCUCGAGCGAGGCGCAGCGGUUCACCGACAUCCUGGCGCACCCCCCCGGGGACUCGCCCAGCCCCGAGCCCAGCCUGCCCGGGCCCCUGCACUCCAUGUCGGCCGAGGUCUUUGGGCCCAGCCCGCCUUUCUCGUCGCUGUCGGUCAAUGGUGGCGGAAGCUACGGGAACCAUCUGUCCCACCCCCCCGAAAUGAACGAGGCAGCAGUGUGGUAGCGAGUCUCGCACAGUCCGCGGAGUUCGUGGUUGUACAGAAAUGAACCUUUAUUUAAGAAAAAAGAAAACAAACAAACAUAAAAAGCAAGUCCUCCUCCCCUUCCUCCAGCCUCGGGGACCAUUCUCCGUCCAGAGAGACGGGAUGGGAAAAGGGGACACGAUAUAGGAUCCAAAUCCACCUCGAGGCAGGACUGGGAUCUGCUCACUGGCGGGAAAGGUGCAGACCUGGGGCUCCCGAAGGGAAAUGCAGACCUCUCCCCACUUCCCACCUGGAUCCCUAACCGUGGAAGGACCCCGCGGGCGUGCGCGCCUGGUCCGCGGGCGGUGGAGAGACACUCACGGCGACCGCGGGUGCGCACAGCCAGUGGGGAUGCCAGGAGCCGCGGGGAGGGAGGCCGCCCGGCUUAACCCUGUGAGGGAGGUGCAGCAGCCCGGAGGGUUCUGGCUCUGGGAAACCCUUUCUUAGUGUUGUCUCCGAGUUCAGCAACAGCGACAACAAACUCUAUAUAGCUUCAGAAACGCCGACCUGCUGUGCAUCAGGUGGGACUAUAUAUAUAUAUAUAUUUUGUCUAUCUGGGUUUUGGUUUUUUGUUUUUGCCAAAAUUGCAAAAUUCUAAAUGUAAAGCCCUCAGUAUCAACUCUUCUACCUUCACAAAACUCUAUACACUCUUACACAGAUACACAUGCAGACACACUCGUUAGAAUGGUCUCUAGCCAGACCUCUCACUAAAACGACUUGAAAGUCAGCUGUACAAGAGAAGUAUUCUACCUUCACACAUGAAAAGUUAAAAAAAAAAAAAAGACUAUUGAACUAAAAACAGUCAACUGUUUACGUAUAAUGUUAAAUUCAGGAGUUCAGUGUUUUACUAAUAUAUCCUGUUUCGAAACCUCUUGUUCAAGAACAAAACGUUUUGAGCAAUCAACCAAAAUUUUCUUUUCCUUUCCUGUAGUUGUUCUGACAGAUUUGCAGGGCUUGCGGCUCACUGUGCUAGUAUGUAAAAAGGUGUUGUUUACACGAGGCAAAGAGAAAACACAAUAUUCAGACAGUUGCCAAAUAGAAUAAUUAUAGCACAAAUACUGUAAAGGUGCCUGGCACCAGCAACCUGAGAAAGUGUUAAAAAAAAAAAAAGAAAAAAAGUGUUACAAGGUUUAAAAAAAAUCUUUGCUAAUUUUUAGUCCUGUUGAACAUUCAUGGAAUUGUUAAUAUGACUUAUAUAGACCCACACAGGUUUUAUUUUUGUGUCUUUAAAAUAAAAGUCCAAAAUAUUUAAAUUUUAUGGUCAAAUAUGCAGUCAACAGCUGCUACUUUUUUCUUUAUAUAUUAAAUUUCUCAUAUGUCUUUUAUUGUUCUAAUAAACCUAAGCUUGUGUGACCUCCAGUGCAUAUUAGACCAUUCACUGUAUGAAAGAAAACAUGUUUAAUAAAUUUGUGAGUUUUUAAUAAAAAUAGAAAAUCUGAUGUUUAGAU